AUGGCACCUCAACUGAGACCUCUUCUGCUACCGCAGCUGGUAGAAGAGCAGCAGCAGCAGCAGCAGCAGCGAAUCGUCGAUCACCAACAACAAUAUCACUAUUACGAUGAUGCCACCACCGCUGCAGCUCUCCCGUACGUCUCAUACACAAACAACUCUUCUUCGUCCGACAUCGUCUCCCCCGUCACGCCCACCUUCUCCGCAAGGGGCCACUUCCGUGGCUCGAGCUCCUCUUCCUCUCUCGACAUCUCCUUCACACAACUAUCUCCACCGCACGACAGUCCUACGCCUCCUCAGAAGCAGCAGCCUCAGCUGCAGCAACCACAGCAACAAGCAACCCAGCAGCAGCAGCAGCAGCAGCAGCAGCAAUCUGUGCCGCCAACCUUGCCUCCGCUGCCAUCGUCGCAGCCUCUCUCCAAGAGGUCGAGCAAAUGCCAGCUUCCUGACGUCGCGGAGGAGGAGCCCUAUGAGCGGGAUGACGAGGAGGAUGCCACCCUCGUGCUCGAGCAUGACGCCCUCGGCCUGUACAGUUGUCUGUGCGACGAGCCCUGCGACCACCGCAAGAGCACCGAGAAGACGCUCAUCAACGACCUGAUGCUUGCCGCCACCGCCACGCCCGACGUCCCGGACUUUGACUAUUAUAACGAUGCUGCCUGCCUCGGCAGCGACGACGUCGACUUCCCUGUCGCGAGCCGCCAGUCGUCCGCCUCGAAGAGACCCGAGCUCGCCGACCUGACCUCGACGAGUCUGACUUCCCGCCUUGGCCCCCGCCUCAACGCCAGCAUCGACCGCUGGAGGUCUAGCCGCAGGGGACGCAGCGGCGCCAACCAUGCCGCUGCCAUUACUUCGCCCUCCGCCACGGACGUGAGCGUGGCUCCCUCUGGCGUGCCCUCUAGCCGAUCCUCGUCCAUCUCCUCCCCCAACCGUGGCCACUUCGGCGCCGCCAACACGGUCUACGGCUACCCGUCCGCUUCUGCCUACGACAGCGUCGACAGCUUCGACUCCUUUGCCGACACCGACUACGACCUCGACGACGCCCAACGGGCUGCUCUCGAGCGCGACCGCGAAAAGGCCUCCACACCGCUCCUGCCCCCGCUGAUGACGGAGUCGAGUGUGCCCGAGCCUCCCCUGCAGUCUCCCCUGCAGUCGCCCACGGUUGCCCCCCCCUGCUCCGUCACCGACGUGUUCGAGUACCAGCUGCCCGCGGCUCCCCACCAGCCGCACCAGCAGCAGCCUCAGCAGCAGCCGCCGGCGUCCAACUUCGGCCGCCCUCCCCUCAACACCAAGCCUUCCACCUCGUCCCUGCGCCGCGGCUUCAGCAACACGGGUGCCAACCCGACGGACCUCCCCAUCGGCAUGUCCGACAUGGACAUGCUCCAGGAGUACGACGAGUGGUCGGACCGUCUGGGCCACGCCAACUUCACCAUCAACCCGCCGCCGUACGAGCCGGUCUCCCUCGACACCGAGACCAUGACACGCUUCCGCGAGGACUGGGACGCCGCACGCGUCAACUACACCAAGCACCUGGUGCGCACGGGCGAGAACUACGGCGAGACGAGCAAGAUCUACGGCCUCACCGAGGCCAAGUGGGCCGAGACAGACGGCAAGUGGCGUAGGAUUCACGAGCAGGCGGUCAAGCAGGCGGCCGGCCUCAUCCCUGCCACCUCCACGAUGGCCGCCGGUGGUGGCACCGGCACCGCCGACUCCACGACCUCUCCCGCCCCAGCCGGUAGCCGCUCCCGCGGCUUCAGCACCUCGCGCGCUCAGUCUCGCGGGCGCGGGCGCGGCCGGUCCGACAGCGCCAGCGCGAUCCUCUGGUCCAUGAGGCCGUCCGCCAUGUCCGCGGCGGCGACGGCGGCCAACAGCGACGACGCCGUGGCCGCAGGCGCAGAGUGGCAGCGCAUAGAGGACAACCUCCCCAGCGCGGUGCCCCGCAUGCUCAGUGCCGAGGGCAAGUUCCCGUCCCGCGGCGACGAGGAUAUCGUGGGACCGAUGCACCGCGCUCAGGUCAUGGAGCGGUCUCACAGCGAGGAGAAGUACGGUUCCAAGUUUUGGAGAAAUCUUGCCGAGAAGGUUCUGAGGCGAUGA